AUGCAGAAAUUCAAUAACAUCUGUGCCAGGUACAGUUAGAAAAGCACAAUUCACAGUCACUAUUGUAAGUUCUCCAUUUUCCUGUCCCAAAGGUGUAAUGGCAAAUAUAGUAACUGUCAAACAGCCUCCUUAACCUGGUGAUUCCAGAUGAUUAAUUUGUAGUAAACAACAAAAUGGUCUGUUUUCAAAUGGCUUAAUUUUCCCCCAGUAUCUUUUUUGUUGUUGUUUUUUUGUUAAAGUUCAGAUUUUAUGCGAAGUUUGAUGAGCAACCACAAUGACAUUUGUCUACUUCCUGAGUGGUUAGAGUCAGUUUGCAACCCCAUGAGGUGCAUGAGUAAUACAACUUGCCAUAUACAGCUUUGCUUGAAAUUACAUAUCUUUGGCAAUCACAUUUAGCUUUGGCAGAAUUUUUCUGUGUUCCUCAUUAUGCCAUCAGGCUUUGAUGCCUGUACUCCCUGAGGCAGGAAAUGUGUUGGCUGUGACCUUUUUCAUUCAAACUGCCCAUUCCACAUAUUUAAUUAUCAGUACUAGUUUUGCUGUGAAAUAUUAGGCAGACCGUUUGUCUUACAAUGUGAAUUUUUGAAGGUGUGAGCACUCAGAAGUGGCACCCAAUUUACAGAGACUUUGGCCAGAGCACUUCAAAGCAGCACUAGCCUGGUUUUUCAAGAAUUAUUUUUAAUUUUUUAAAAAACUAAAUACCACUUGAUUGUAGAAAAAGACUAAAAGCUGUUUAUUUAAAUCAAAGUUGAUAUUUUUUUCUGUAGGAACCCAGGGUCUUGUUUUCCUUUUUCCAAUUAAACAUAUGGUCAAGCAACAUGUGAUAUGAACGCUUUCUGUAAAAAAGCGCUUUCUAGCCAUUUUCAUUUUGAAGAAAAAAGCAGCCUUGUGGCUCUGAUCCAGAAUGUGCUCUCAAUCUAGAUUGGGGCUUGUUCCAAUUUACUUCUUGAAAUCACCCACACAAAAUUAUUUGCACCACAAGGUGAUCUUUUCUGCAGAUUGCAUGUUCAGUAGUAAACAGCAGUCAUUGAAGACGCAAUUUUCAGCAGAAUUUUAAAAAUUGGGGUUUAAUGGCUAUUGUGUAAUACAUUUUGUCAGUAGUAUUCUAAUUGAAGUGUAUUUGAUGGGGAAAUUAUUCUGUCUGGUCAGGUAGAAGUUGGCUUAACUGUCUCUGGGAGACCUUAACUGACAGCUAAGGAUGGGUUGGAGAUAGAACUCUCAUUAUACCAAAGAAGGAUAGAAAGUAUCCAUAUUUUGAUUGGUUACCACCACAGAUUUAGAAUUUUCAGUUAGAUUGUGUGAUUGGUUGGGGCUUGACUAAAGUCAGAAGAAGUGAAUAUUUGAUGGAACUAGUCAGUCACGGUCAGUCCAUGUUGUUUGGAGAGUGUCUGUUUGUUGUUGGUAGGUGUUUUUGGUAGAAAGACAGUAAGAGGAUGUAAGACAGUAAGAGGAAGAAGACUGAGGAAGAAGAAAGAAGACUUGAGAUGAAGGCAUAGUGGCUUGGUGACUAAAGACUUUUUGGGGUAGUGAAAUCACUUGGUUUAGGCUUAAGAUGAUGAAAAAAGAAUCUGUCCACAACACUCAAGGAGUGCUUGGCUCUGAUUUCUGGUAGGAGAGCCAGAGGAAGAUUCCAGGAUUGUACAAAUGGUUAAACAGAGGAAGUGACUGGCCCAAGGUUGUCUAGUGGCGUACCUGGCGGCAAGUCAGUAUGUCAAGUCCAAAGUUCAAAGACAGGGGUCAAGCCACACAACCGAAGUCCAGCAGUCAGGAUACAGUGCAGAGUCAAGCCCAAAGCACAGCCCUGUAGAGGUCCAGGAGCAUCCCAGCCAAGGUCCACCAAUAUGGGCAGUUGAGCAGACACAGCGCCUCAGCUCUGUUUCCCUUUUGCACUUUGCCUGCUGAUUGCAGCAUCUGGGCUUGAUAAGGAAUGUGAUCCUCACCUGCCCCAAGCCUAAUCCAGAUGAGAAAUCACACACCUCAUCCCAUAGCUAGUGAACCACACUUGACCAGCUAGGGAGGUGGGCUGUGGCCAUUGCCUGGCCUCAGCCUCCUGGAGCAUCCCUCCUGCUGCUCUCUAUACCUCAGAUGCUGCAGCUGACAUUUUAGUUGGUCCAAAAAACACCAGUGAGUAACCAAGUCUGGUCCAAAUAUGGAAAACAACAUUAUGUCUCAGGCCCACUUCUGUUUCCCAUUCUAUUGCUUCAACCAGCUCACUAGGUGUUUGCUGUCAUGGUAUGCCUUCUCCCUUCUUCAGUGUGUCCCCUCUCUACUCCUUCCUUGCAAAAUGUUUGUGCCUCUUCCAUAGACACAAUUUUUAUAAGCACAUCAUGUUCAUGUGUGUGUGUAAUCAUUGGCACUGCAGUGGGACUCCAGCUCUUCUCCUUGGGGAGGGGGUUUCUAACCCCUGGGCUAUGGGGUGACCUAGUUGUUGAUCUGAAUGAUCUUCAUUCCUUCCCUUUUUGCUGUGGGUCUGCCAAAAAUCUCUGUUUGAUCUGUCAGGGGUAUUUGUCUAAGAAGAACCUAGAAGCUUGUCCCUACAAGAGUCAUUUGCUGCCAUCCCCAUCUCUGAGCCAUGAAGUGAAAAUGUGUGUGUGUGUGUGUGUGUGUGUGUGUGUGUGUGUGUGUGUAAGAGAGAGUAUAGUCAUACAAGUCCAUCCUUAGAUACAUGAAUCUGAGGUUUAAUUUACAAAAAAAUAAAAAUAUCAGUUGCUUUACUACCUGCAAUUUCAAAAGAGAACCUAGCUAAAAGUUCAGUUCCAUUUCUUUGCUGUAUUUUCAUAUUUAAGUUCAGAGGCUUUCAGACUGUGGACUGCCAGUGGUCUAUGGGUUUCAUUCAGGUGGUUUAUGGCAUAUACGUAAAAAUAUAAUUAGAAGUCAUAAAGCAUCUAACACAGUGCAUUACACUUGCUUACUACAACAGGCAGGGUGAGAGAUGGGAGGACAGUCUGUACAUAUUAGGUGAUGGAUUCCCCCCCCCCCCCCGUUUCUUGCUGCAGUGUUGUUUUUCUAAAUCCAAUCCCAUUCAUUGGUAUUUUGUUAUUUUAUGGUGUAUUUAUGACCACAUACCCAAUGUUGUUUUGGAAUUCUAAGAAACAGAUAAAGCCAGUGGUUAUAAGCAGUGCAGUUUUGAAAGGUUCCCUCUGGUAUCUUGCUUCAUAAUGGCAUCUAGCUUCAUAAUGGCAUCUAGCUGUAUCCAAAUAUCGAAAACCUACUCCUUGAUAUCAGGAACCAUCAUGCAAAAUUUGGUUGCAAUAUCUUAAGAUCCAGAUGCAUAGCAAACAAAAAACUUUUCAAAAUACAUACAAUUUCUUUUUUAUUAAUGUUCAUUGCUUUGGGAGUAUUUAGACUGAAAAGUAUUAUAUCAAUAAAUCAAAAUAACUUCAAAUCUAUUUCCUUAUCAGUAAGCAUAUAUACCAUGCAGAUACACUUCUGAUGUUUGUACAAAUUGUGACAAACCUGGGCUCUUUCAUGUUUUACUACUACUACUAUGGUAAAGAUUAUUAGCAAGAUAAAUACAUCUUAAGCAUUCUCAGAUGCUGUAUGAAUGGCCUCAAGCCUCAAACACUAUGUCUUUGAAGCUGUUCUUUACCUAGCAGUAACCCCAUUUUAUGGCUACCCCAACAUGAGCAACAACUGGUUCUCUUUCAUACCAUUUCUGGUUCCCCUCUCCGCACCCCCUAAAAAGACUUGUUAGUAGAGGUGCCCAAGAGCUCUACUUUUCUUUCUCAAAGGAUGAAUAACGCAAACACUUAACUUUUCAGACAUCGCAGUACCAAGUUAGGAAUCCCUUCCCAGCUAUUAAAAUAUGAGCCAAAGACUCUUCGUGGUUCCUUAGUGAGUCAGGCAACAUUUUCUUUGAGGACUUUCAUGUUGCAUUGCUCCCAAGUGCCAGACUUCGUUUAUAUGGUCCUGAAUGACUGCUUGGAACAUUUUUGUUUCUCUUGGCAAUUUUCCUCAUGACAGAAUAUGAUAUUCCUCUUUCUAUGUUUGUAACCAGCCUAGGGAAAUUUUAAUGGGGCUCGGUAAUAAAGAUUUAGAUUGGGACACCCUCCAUCAGCCCAGCCAGCAUGGAAAGUAAUCAAAAAUGAAGGGAGUGUUGUUGUUUAGUCGUGCCCGACUCUUCAUGACCCCAUGGACCAGAGCACGCCAGGCAUUCCUGUCUUCCACUGCCUCCAGCAGUUUGGUCAAACUCAUGUUGGUAGCUUUGAGAACACUGUCCCACCAUCUCGUCCUCUGUCAUCACCUUCUCCUUGUGCCCUCAAUCUUUCCCAACAUCAGGGUGUUUUCCAGGGAGUCUUCUCUUCUCAUGAGGUGGCCAAAGUAUUGGAGCCUCAGCUUCAGGAUCUGUCCUUCCAGUGAGCACUCAGGGCUGAUUUCCUUCAGAAUGGAUAGGUUUGAUCUUCUUGCAGUCCAUGGGACUCUCAAGAGUCUCCUCCAGCACCAUAAUUCAAAAGCAUCAAUUCUUCGGCAAUCAGCCUUCUUUAUGAUGGGAGUAGUCCAACAAAAUAGGCAGGGCACAUUGGCUACUUCUGCAUUUCUCCUAUUUGUCCGCUGUUAGUAUGUGAUCUGUUCCCCAACUAUUAUCAAUAAUAGGUGCAUGAGGAAUGGUUGAGGAAUUGGGUAUGUUUAAGCUGGUAAAGAGAAGACUGAGAGGAGAUAUAAUAGGCAUCUUCAAAAAUCUAAAAGGCUGUCACAUGGAAGCUUGUUUUCUCCUGCUCUGGAGGCCAGGAUCCAAACCAAUGGAUUCAAGGUAAAAGAAAGGUGAUUCCAAUUACACAUCAGAAGGAAUAACUUUCUGACAGUAAGAGCUCUUCAACGAUAGAACAGACUCCCACACUAAGUGGUGGGUUCUCCUUCCUUGGAGGUUUUUAAGCAGAGGUUGGAUGGCCAUCUGUCACAUAUGAUCUAGUCGAGUCCUAUAUUGCAGAGCAUUGGACUAGAUGACUCUCAGGGUUCCUUCCAACUCUACAGUUCUAGGAUUCCAAGCAGGAGCUCAACCCAACUGCCCAUUCGCUGUCAGCUGCCAAAUACUAAAAAUAUUCAGAGGCAGGACAAACUGGAGCGUGUUAUAGACAAGGCAGAGAGGGAUAAAUCUUACAAUGUUAUCUCAGACCCCAAACUCACAAGAUGGAUGUAGAACCUUUGGAGAUUAAAAGGCAAGAGUAAGCUGGUCUUCCAUAGACAUAUGAAGGCAGCCCUGUUUUGGAAAGCUUUUAAUGUCUGAUGUUUUGUUUUGUUCUUUAUAGUUUGUUGGAAGCUGCCCAUAGUGGCUGGGGUAAAAAUAAAUUUUCAUCAUCUUGAUAGGCACACCUGAGAGCCACCUGAGAGCCUCUAAUGGCAACAUCUGUGCUCUUAGGUGCAGCUCUAAGAUACUGCCCAGCUUAAGGCUCCUGAUUAUAUAAUUAACAUAGAAGAAGAAGUGUUUGGAUUUGAUAUCUCACUUUAUCACUACCCCGAGGAGUCUUAAAGCAGCUCAUAAUCUCCUUUCCCUUCCUCCCCCCACAACAAACACUCUGUGAGGUGAGUGAGGCUGAGAGACUUCAGAGAACUGUGACUAGCCCAGGGUCACCCAGCAGCUGCAUGUGGAGGAGCGGGGAAGCGAACCCUGUUCACCAGAUUACGAGUCCACCACUCUUAACCACUACACCACACUGGCUCUCAGGAGUACUGAGAACUUAUAAUAUAAGUUUUUACUUAUAAAGUCAAAUAAAUCCACAAAUAAAUGCAGAGAUGUGGAUGUGCCAGGGUGCAGAGAUGUGGAUCUCCUAGGGUUCCAGGUGCUGACGCAGGUUCAGUUUCCUUGGAAUGAAGGACAGCGGAGACCGUGGUGUCUUCAGGAGGCAUGGUUUGAUUUGCACAAGUACAACCUGAGCAGAGCAUCCGCGACCCAACAGAUCUUGCUUCUCCAUUAAGUCCUUUUAUUCUGUUGCAGUGCCAGAGGAAGGGGGGCGGAGGUAAGAGAUUGGGGGCGGGGACACAUGAUUAAGCGGUGUACAAAUUAACCCAACAAUGCUUUGCGGCAGCCGUAUCAGCGUUUCAACGAGCCAGUUGGAUAUCGGGGACUCUUGACGUUGUGUACUGGAGGACCCCAAGCUGGAAGAAAAUCCUUGCUCCCCAGAGAGACGUCGGCUUGGACAGCCCCGAGCUUCAACUACGAAGCCUACGAGAGCGACUCCGACUGUAGCUUCCUUGGGGCAGAGACCUGCCUGCAUGGCUGAUGCCACACAUUCUCGCUCCUCCUCCCAGCGCAUCUGAAAGAGCUUCCCCCUCUUCCUCCGCAGUUUCCCAAAAUUGGAUCAGAGAGCUUGCUGACUUCCCACGAAGCUGGAGAAAGUGAUAGUUUUUGGGACUCCCCUAAGGAGGCAGGUGGUGGACAGAGCGAGACCACGUUGUCUAGACCCCGAGACUGCGUCUGGAUUUACUCAGUCCUGACUGGGUAGGUGGCAGCGGCCUAAGCGGUGAUUGGCAGAAGGGGAGGGGGGCAUAUCAACUGCAGAAUGGAACUGUUGUUUCAGUUAUAGGUGCCUUGAGUUUUAAUGUUUGGUUGUGUUUUUUAAUUCCUCGUCUUUUGCAUCUUUCCCUUGCAGGUUCCAAAUCUGUCCCCAUUCAGCUCCCUCAGCAGCCUUUCCUCCCUGUCCUCUGUGUCCUCCCUUGAUUCGCUUUGGGACUCACUGAAUGAGGUACGUAGCAGAGCAGGAGGGAACUCCUGCUGAGCUGCACAAGGGCAACCCUGAGGCUGGAGAGGGACCCAUUCAGAGUCAUGGGUCACAGUUAUUUGUGCUCAUGCAUUUCUACUCAGAUACAAGCCUGUGUCCCAAGUUUUGAUUUCCUGGAAAGGCUUUUGUGCAAAUUGCUCGUCUUUUACAUCUUUUCCUCGCAGGUGCCAAAAAUUACCCUGUCCAGCUCCAUCAGCUCCCUGAGUUCCCUGUCCUCCCUGGAUUCGUUUUGGGACUCAUUGAAUGAGGUAGGUAGCAGACAGAACAGAAGGGAAGCCCUGCUGAGCUGCACAAGGGCAACCCUGAGACUGGGGAAGAGGAGGAGGAGAAGCCAGCUGGCCGGCCAGGCCACCUUCUGGACCAGUUGUGAGCAAGGGGGCAGACAGGCAUGGGGCUGCUAAGGGCAGGCUGUGCUUGCUGGCGCUCUCCUCAUGGACCAGCCCCCCAUGGCGCCAGGGCUGUAGGGCUUCCCUGGCUAGCAACUCAAUGUGGGCAGGAGAGUCUGGCUUCCGAGUUCCUGUCUCAUUCUGGGCUGCUCUCUUUCUCCUUUCUCCCCACCACCACUGCCACCACCUCUGGGGUCCUGUCUCUGCCAGAAGUCAGCCUCUGAAUCCUUUGAAAAAGUGGCUGUCUCAUUUUGGGCUGCUCUCUUUCUGCUCUCUCCCCACUACCACUGUGACCACCUCUGGGCUGGUUCCUCCAUCCUGUCUGGGCCAACAGUCAUCCUCUGAGGACGAAAUAUCCCAUGACAAAGUGACAGAGGAGGAGGGAAGCCCAGGCAUGGAAGCCAGAGUGGCCAAAAGAGAUCCAAACAGACGAGUGCAAUUGGGAGCAGAGGAUCUGUGCAAACCUUUCCCUUUCUUUUUUUCCACUUAGAAAACUGGCUGUGAAGAUAAAGAUCCUACAGGUAGAAAAGCAGCUAGAGACCUUGCUUUUGAGCAGAAAGAGGUGUGUGUGUGUGUGUGUGUGUGUGUGUGUGUGUGUGUGUGUGUGUGUGUUUUAAUGGAAGCAGUUCCCUGCUCCCCCAUGUAAACUCUAGAGAGGUGGAUUCAUUGGCACAUUUGAUGUCUGACAGGAAUUGCCUACAAUCAGGACACAUUACAAGUUGAAAACAGUUCUGUUGCUUCAGCAGCACCACCAGUGGAAGUGAAAUUGACUGCUUUCUGA